CCAUUGUCGCAGACAUCUCACACUCACGCGGGCUUGCAGGUCCCGCCCACUCGUUGAUUCAUGUCGCCACAAUCCUAGGCUCAAACCACGCUCAUUGUCGCAUUUCACCCCUCACGCCUCGCUGCCGUACUACCUCCCUCCCUUGGAUCCGACUCCCUCGAAGCGCCGACAUCUCCCUCUUUGUCCGACCCUCCGAUUCUAUCCUCAUACCUCUUUGUGCCUCCGCACAUUGUCCUCGACAGGAAGAAAGAGAAGCCGACGUCACAAAGGAAGCAGAAACAAGAGGGAAUAUUUGGUGGUCGACUUUGGCCGUUAGAUACGACUAUGCGCCACAUGCCUCCCAGCCGCUCCCUCGCUUGAGAUCAAUUCACCCACGCUCUUUACCGCUCGCUUUCUGCGAUCGCUAUUCACGAAAAGUAUUCACACAAUCGGAAGAAAACCCGUCUGCCGGACAGACCACAAAAACGCGACCAGAUCGCAGUUGCGACAGUUCAAUUCCACAUUCGCUCCGCUGGACUGAGCGAAUACAACAGACACACCACGAUACCCCACCAUACACAUCACAACCAUGGGCUGCUGUUCGUCCGACCGUGAGAAAGGUCCACGAGACGAGUCUCAGAAAUGGGACUUCAUCACCCUCUCCGACUUCCGCUGCACAUCAGCUUGGACAUAUUUCGCCUACGGAUGGCUAUGGUUUCUGGCCAUCGUCGGCGUGGCUGUCUACGUUGUCGAUACCUUUACCGCCGUGCAGCUCCUCGCCUAUGACAACUGGAGUUCCCAGGUCAAGCCCAAGGUACCCUUCAAGUACUCCAAAUGGAUCUUUGCCGUGUGCAUUAUCAUCUCCUGGGUGCUGUGCUUCUACGAAUGGAUCCGUGCGAUUCGAGUUAUCCGCCGAGGAGGAGUCGCCGAGAGCUUCCUGGACCCGCUAGCAGUCGAUCUCCAAUCCAUGCGAAGUCAAGGUUGGAAGCGAUUCCUCGUCUUCUCCGCACUGGCCAAGAGCAAGAAAGGCGCUGAUUACGUCGCCCUCUUCGUCUACUUCUCCUUCAAAACUUCCAUCCGAGUCAUCCUCGCCGAAGGACCACGCCAAGUCGUGAAUGCUCUGACCUUGUGGGCUGUCCUGCAAUCCGACAUUGCCGUCAAGCACGCAACCGAUCACUCCUCCUUUGAGCAAUUCUGGCUCAACAUUGGCGUCCUCGCUGAGAGAGACAAAUUGCAAGCCUGCAUCUACUUUGCCAUGUUGUUCACGCUUGUCAUUUGGGUGUUCUCCGCGCUGAGUCUCAUCAUCUCGGUCAUUCUCUACCUCGUCUUCCUCUGGCACUAUAUUCCAUCUCGCGAUGGUAGAUUAAGUGUCUACUGCAAGCGCAAGGUUGACAGGCGACUGGCUAAGGUUGUGGAGCACAAAGUCAAGGCCGCGAUUGAAGAGGAGGAACGAGAAGCUCGGAAAGCUGAGCAAAAAGCAGAGCAGAGACGCCAGAAGAAUGGCGAGCUUCCUCCCCCACCGAGUCUGUCAUCUUUCAAGCGCCAGCCGACUCUUCCCGAGAUUGGUCGAACGCCGUCUAGCAAAUCCACCGACAAGGUUCCGGACUUCUAUGGCAUCUCACGACAGAAUACCGAGACCACCCUCCCGCCAUACACAUCACGUCCGUCAACCAGCAACGACGCAGUCACACGUCAGCCUACAUUACCCAAUGUCGGAAACGUACCUCGACGUCCCGUCUUGCGAACGGAGACUCAAGGCUCUGUUGCAUCAGCUGCUCCCAGCUACGCGAGUAAUGCGCCGCUGAUGUCGAAUACUGGAUUCGCAGAUAAUGACUACAACCACUAUGACGGUCCACUACCUCCCCUCCCUCACAUGAGGUCCGAGUCGCAAAGCACAUUAAACUCUCAGCGAUCCUAUCGACCAGGCGGCCUUCCAGGCGGACCUCCAGGACCUGGUCCGAGAAUGCCUCCUCAGCGUUCCAACACAGGCUUCAGCUUUGAGCAGAUUCAACAGCCACUCCCACCACAACCCGGCUAUCCUCGCGCUCCGCCCCAAGCCGCGUACAAUCCCAACUUCACCCGUCCCACGCCUGGAGGUCCACCCGGCAUGCCAUCCCGCGCUGCCACCGCAGACAUCCACCCACAACAAUUCGCCCGCCGCGCUCUUCCCGAACGCAGCGCCACCGCCGGUCCACCUCCCGAUCAGCAAUACGAAAUGCGAAUCUCCCCUGUCCACACCGUUCCCACCGCAACCUACCCUCCCGCACCAAGCCGAUCCGUCACGAAUCCCGUCGCAGGAGGCUACCACGCCUUCAACCCCAGCGCCAACCCUUCCAUGACCAGCGUCCUCCCACCGCCUUCAUACCACACCAACGCCCCAUCCAGCACGUAUGCGAGCAGUAUAGCACCGACCAUGCGAUCCGCCACCGCGCCGCCGCCACAAUUCGCGUAUACUACGAAUCAACCGCAGCAGACGAAUUGGCAAACGUGGCAGCAGCCUUCUCCGCUACUACCGCCGCUGCCGGCUCAGGGUGGUCCUCAAGGGCAGGAGAGGCCGUAUCAUGGACCGGUGGGACCGGGUUCGAUAAGGAGGCCCGAGCCACCGCAGGGCGGUGGGCCUAGAGCUGCUACCGGUGGGCCGAGGUGGUAGAAUUCCUGAUAGAAGGAAGGGAUGAGGAGAUGAGGAGGAUUGAACCUUUUUUUUUACGACCGUGACGACUUGGCGAUGGAUUGUCUGUGUACGAUUGCAUCUUGUACUUUUGUUGGAUGAAGAGGUGAAAGGCUGUACAUAACCCUUUUUUGGAUAAAAACCAACAGAACCCUUUUUGAUGAGGGACUUCCGAGAAGAAA